AAAUGUGAAAAAUUAUUUGAAAGCCGUUAUCUCAAGAUAAGGUAUAGCGUGCAAGUUGGAGGACAGUAGUGUUUCCUCUGGCGAAUAAAACGGUGCUGAAAAAAUAUGAACAUUGUCAAAGUGUCAGUGGAGAGUCUGGAUGGCAAGCAGAACAUCUUGUACGAUUACGACAAGAGCAUUUCCCUGGAGAUGAACGUGGUCCAUUUGCUCGCCAAGUUCGAGAUGCCCACAAAAACGCAUGCCUAUGGGUUGAAAUUGGUGCAAACGAACAAUGGAAAACUGGUGGAUCUUUAUUUAACCGAUGACAAUUAUGACGAUAUAAAGGAUGGAUAUUUCUUGAAAAUCGCCUAUGCUCUAUCUCAUCAAGUCAACACCAUUUUCCUGGUUUUGGAAAAAGGCGAUCGUAAGACAUGUUUCGAAAACAUAGCACAUCUCUAUUUGGACAAGGGUUUCAUAAAGGAAUUAGUGAAACAAGAUAAACAUUUGGUACUUCUCAACUUCUUCGUCCACCAGUACGACUUGACAAAUGAUGAGGCUGUUGCUUGUUUACUCACCAUAAUACACCUUUUCAAACUAGGCUACAUCGACACAAUAGACGAAGUUCUUCUCGACAAAUUGAUGGCCAUUUUGCAAUUAGACGCAGAAAUGUAUACUGAUCAAAUAAAAUAUACCAUAUCCCUGCUUCAAAAAAUUAUGAGCUCUAGGAAUCCCAAAAUGGAGGAUUGGAAGGAAGUGAUAAUACAGCGAAAACCUUUGCAAGAGCUUACUCCGUAUAUCAGAAUACACAACCAAGAUCUUCAGUAUUUAACAAUUUCAUUGAUCAAUUCAUUUGUGAGGUAUUCAACUGGAAUAAGACGUCUUCAUUUCAUCAAAGAAAUGAACUUCAAGCAAACCAAAGCUGAUAUUUCGAACCACAUCAUAGAACAGUGGCCCAAUUUAGAUAGCAAUAUGGAGUAUGAACUUUAUGUUUACCAGACGUACUUACUUAGUUUAUAUACCGACGCCUUGAACAGCAAGACAAAACUAGACAAUAAGAAAAGGGUAGAAUUUGAACUCGACCACCAUCAUCGGGGUGUUGCAGAAAGAUUAACGAGUAUAAUCGAAUUCGAGGAAAGUAUGUCGAAGAUGAAAUCUACGGAAAAUCUUCUGAUGAUCAUCGAAGAAACAGACAGAAAUUCCGACACUUGUUCAUUGGGAAGUAUGGAAAGUAUAAUUAUGCGUUCAAGAAGCAAUUUGAACGACGAUCAAACCGAAGAAAUAUCUUACUUGACUUUGGGUUGUCUCGCAUAUUAUAAAAAGUUCCACCACAAGAAUUUCUACCAAACGCAGAUCGAUGAAACAUUCUUCGGGCCAGGCAUCUUUUCUACGAGCGAAAGCGUGGUCCGAAUCUUAGCCAACGUCCUGCAAAUCGGGAAAGAACUAGAGGUGAACAGAGCCAAGUGCACCUUUCAACCGACAAUAUUCUAUUCAACUACAACCAUAAAAACGCCAUUCUUCUACGAACUCUUCUCGAGGACGAUAUGGAUUUUAUCCAAAACCAAAAAUGAGAUGCAAGGAUGUCCUGUGCCUGAGUAUCCGAAGUUGAUGAAAGUACUGGAGAAACAAGUCAAGAUGGUACUGGAGAAAAGACCUGGAAGCUUCAAGAAACUGACCAACAUAAUGCUGAAAACUAACUACGAGGCUGUGAAGCAGAAGUGGCAAGAAGAGAAUAGUGAAGAAUUCGAAUAUAUAAUGAAGCAUAAUCCGUGCGUACAAGAACUCAGGGAAAAAUAUAUACGUCAGAACGAAAUAUUAGUGGUAGAACAAAGGAUGAAUUACCUGACGGAAGGAAGCGUCUUCUACAGGGUCAACGAUCAAAAAAAAAUCGAACACUGCUUCAUCAAAUUGUUCGGAAACAGGAAGCAACUUUUAUUUUAUGAAUACGAUGAGAAACUCAAAAGAAAAAAAGGCGACCCUGAUAUCAUCAGUAUCUCGAGCAUCAGUCACCUCGUUGAAGGGAAAGCUUGCCCUCACAAAGUCAACAAUAUAACUAAAGAUAACAGUUUGAUCUUCAGUUUAAUAAUUGAACACACAACUUACAUAAAUAUUAUCGCAAAAGAUUUGAAAGAAGGGUCUUAUUGGCUAGACGGAUUCCACAUUUUGCUAGAAAAAGACACUAGGAGUGAAGCAUACAAUAAAGAACUUCAGGAACUGGUAAGAAUGGACCUAUCACUCCACCUGCUGGAGCUACAGAACGUAACAAUACCAAAAAAACCACCCCCGGUCCCCCCACUACCGCAGUUCCCGGAGAAACCGCCAGUCCCAGCCAAAUCACCUGGACUGAGGUUGUUGAAAAUCAAGAAAUCUGGUGGUAAAGGAACGUCCAUCAAUGUUUGAAACACGCCUGUAUAAACUUAUUUAUAGAUGUAAGAUUUAUAUCAACCUGAGGAAUGGAAUUAUUAUCAAAUAAAAAACAUUUUUACUGUAAA